AUGAACAGCCAUCCUUCGCCUAUAGAGCAUAUGGACGUCGAAAGGAGAUCAUCGUCGCCCAAGCGCAAGAAGGUCCGCCAAAAGUACGCGCCCAAAGCAUGUGUAUCAUGCAGGCGAUCGAAGCUCAAGUGCUCCGGUGAGAACCCAUGCCAACGAUGCAUGGACAAUGGCAAGCGAUGCUUCUUCUCUGAAGACCAGACGGCGGCCGAAGCCCUGCAGAACCUCAGUCGACCGACACCCACCCUUCAAACACAAGCGUCGAAUACUAGCGGAAAUGGCAAUAACUUAUCGCGAGGGAGUCUGAUGCCAUCCGAUAACGGCACGGAACGCAGGGCGAGCGAUGCUAGCACACGCGGCAUGAGCAUGGAAGCACGUAUGGCCCGGAUUGAGGCUAUGAUGGAAGCUCUUAUGCGCGAUCGAGGCCUGACCAUGACACCAAUGGGCAGCGUAGAGCGCGAGGAGAAUGGUAGUGAUGGCUUUCGGGGCGACGCCGCGUUGCCUGUCCCGCCGCUGGACCCCAUCAAUCCAGCCCUCGCUUUCAUGGGACAGCCCUCCCUCUUCUCACAUGAGCCGUCGGACAGAGGAAACUCGGCUCUGUCAGUUCCCGGCUCUCCAUACAACGUCGAACCAACGCAUCUCAUACAAUUGGGCAACAAGAAGUUGCCCUACCCUAGCCCAGCCGAUUACCAACAGUACCUAGCUUCCUUCUUCACCGACAUCCACCUGUCUCAUCCGUGCAUAGAUGAGCCCGAGUUCCGCAGUCGUAGCGAACACAUGCUAGCAAACACCGCCAUACCUCCAGAAGAUUGUCAAUUUCUCGCGCUGAAUUAUACAAUCUUUGCUUGUUGCGAUAUACUGCUGAGUGUCGCGCCAAUCGAUACUGGCAAACCCAAAGGUUGGCGAUGGCUUGAGCUGGCCGAUGAUCUUGUCGAUAAAAGGUCUCUACUGAGUGGUAGUGGCGAUCUGACACUGAUACAAUGUGUACUGUUUCAGGCUAUAUACUACUCUUACGCGGAUAUGCCCGGCCCGGCUUACAACACUAUCGGCGCCGCUGCCAGACUCGCUUUUCAGUUUUCUUUGCAUCAGCAGUCUACAUGGACAAACAUCACUACUGCACAAGCAUACGAGCGCAUCUGCACAUUCUGGAACAUAUUCGUAGAAGACCGUUUUAUCUCGUUGACAUUUGGAAGACCGUAUACCAUCCAUGAGAUUGACGUCCAAGUCGAGGCACCCGCAGAUCUGUCCGAACGGGCGAUGCUCUACAAGACUGACGGGGUUGACCCAAGACGUUUUACCGAUCAUUACAUUCACUACGUGAUACUGUGGGCGCGCUAUGCUGACAACAACAUCGACGGUCGUAGUCUCGAUGGCGCGACACAGGAGAUCAUUGACAGGCAGAUCUCAUACUUCCUCGAGCAGGACCUACUAGGACUAGUAAUCCCUUAUACUCAACCAAGCGGUGCGACUGUUCCGCCGCUAAAAAUUUUCAUUACUCAGAAGAAGAUCGACUUCGUUCUCUGGGGCUUCCGUUCCGUCAUAACCUCUCUCCAAUACGACGAUAGUCAUGCUUCUCACUUUAGCAAUCUUGCAGUCAUUACUGUCAACCGAAUGGCCGCCUUUGCGCAAGACGUUCGGCAGCCUUUUAGCCUUCGGCAUCGCAUGGUAUCAUCCUUAUCGAAUGCUCUACUGGUUCUUUGCUCUCUCCUUGUACGCAACGUUACCGGAAGGGAUCAAUCUCACAUCGAAGCUUUCCGCAAUGCCGUGGCCCUGUUACGCGAUCUCGCAUAUAGCCAGCUUUAUGCGAAGCGUGUCCUAUCUGACUUUGAGAGUCUUAUUGAUAUCGUGCAAGAAGUCAUUGAUGGAAAGGCUGUCCCAGGCAAUGUCGCAGAGCUAUUCCCUUACAGAUCCCCCAGCCCUCAUAUCCGCCUACCGCCUACCUCAGGAACAACGACAGGCGUCGAAGGAACGCACCCGGUCGGUAACGGCAACGGCAGCAGACCUGGCGAAACUGGAUACGGCGUGUUGUGGCUUUGA